AUGAACUCGGUGCUUGCGACGCUUGCGCCACGCGCGGAUGAGCGCGCGCUGCCGAGCGAUGUGAAGGAGCAGUUUGCGCUGCCUGCUACAGAUCCCUCGCGCUUCCUUGCAAACUUUACGGAUGUCGACUCGACCAACACGGAUGCGCGCAUCAAGCUGAACCACGGUACGACCACGCUUGCGUUUCGGUACAAGGGUGGUGUCGUGAUUGCAGUCGACUCGCGUGCCUCUGCCGGCUCGUUCAUUGCAUCGGGCUCGGUGAAAAAGGUGAUCGAGAUCAACCCCUACCUGCUCGGCACGAUGGCCGGCGGUGCGGCCGACUGCCAGUACUGGGAGACUUACCUCGGUAUCCAGUGCCGCCUGCACGAGCUGCGUAACAAGGAGCGUAUCUCGGUCGCUGCUGCGUCCAAGAUCCUGAGCAACCUCGUGUACUCGUACAAGGGCAUGGGCCUCAGCAUGGGCACCAUGAUCUGUGGCUGGGACAAGACGGGUCCCGCCAUCUUUUACGUCGACUCUGAGGGCUCGCGUCUCAAGGGCGACAUCUUUUCGGUCGGCUCGGGCUCGACGUUUGCCUACGGCGUGCUCGACCAGGGCUACCACUGGGACCUCGAGUACGAAGAGGCGCUGGACCUCGGCCGCCGCAGCAUCUAUGCUGCGACGCACCGCGACGCAUACUCGGGCAAUACCAUCAACCUAUUCCACAUGGGCCCCGAGGGCUGGAAGUUUAUUGCCAACUACGACGUGAUGGACUUGCACUACGACGGCGUGCCGAACCCCGCGCCGAACACGGACAAGGGCGGCUUUGGAUACGACGUGCGUACCGCUGGCCUUUCGUCGAAAAAGCCCGAGAGUGCAUAG